AUGCCGCGAUUGGCGCAGGUUGUGCACGCUGACAAGCCGCAGGCUCAGCAGCAUUACUGGCAGCAGCAGGAGCAGCAGCAGCCAAAGCAGCAGCAGCAGCAGCAGCAGCAGCAGCAGCAACAGCAGCAUCAUGUGUCACAGCAGCCUACACAGCAGCCUACACAGCAGCCACCUCAGCAGCAACACCCGCAGCAGCAUGCGCCUGGGACCGACCCGCGGGCGCUUCUGGAGAUCUUUGGGAUGAGCCAGGGCGCGGACACCAAUGCAUGCCAGUGCGAUCUGGCCAGAGUGGUCGCGCGGCUCAAGGGGGCCGUUAGGGUGGAGGCGCACUUCAUACAGCAUGAGAGCGGCGACAAGAUCAUCUGCCCGAACGGCGACGAGGAGUGCGCCCGCAACCUCGUACAGCUGUGCGUCGGCCGCCACACGCCCCCAGAUCGCAACUACGACUGGUUUUACAAAUUCCUGACCUGCUCCUGGGACAGUGGGCCGCAUGUGACGAGCCAGGCGCUCCUGAACGCUUGCAUGGACAAGGUCGGCGCGGCGGGCGAGGCGCGCGCGCAGAUGCUCGCAUGCGCCGCGGGGCCGGAGGGGGCCGAACUGAUGGCGCGCAGCGCCAAGGCGGUGGCGGAGCGCGAUGCGUGGCGCGGCUGCGUCAUCCACCUGGAGGGGCAGCGGCGGUGCGUGCGGGAGGACGGCGCCUGGCCCCGCACGCUGCCCGCAUCCGCCCGCGCGCUGGCCCGCAUCCUCUCGCCCCGCGCUGACGGGCACCCAGCCGCCGCGCCGCACGCGCCGCCGGCGCCGGCGCCCCUGCAGCCCACGCCGGCGGGCCGCGCGCGGCGGCAGCAAUACCCCUUCAUCGACACGGCGCGCCCGGGGGUGGAGCUGGUACACGCCGAGCCGCCAGUCUACCUAGUCCACAACUUCCUGUCGCCCGACGAAUGCGACGCACUGGUCGCAGCGGCGCGAGGCGGGCUGCUUGAUGGCCUCGAUUACGAUAACUCAGUGCUCAUAGACACCCACAAACUCUGGCCCCUUCUCAUCGUCAUCGCCGCCGGCGCCGCAUUCGACACGCUCCACAGCGGCGGCGCCGCGGCCUCGGACCCCUCCUCUUUGCCCGCCCUCGCCACGCUCGCGCUUGCGCUCCUGAAAUGGAGCGCCGCGGUCGGCGGCCUGCUGGCGGCCGCCCACUUCGGCGCGCGCCACGCCAUCGGCGGCCGCGUCUUCUCUGGCACAAAGUGGACCGUCGCAAACCUCUUCCGCCCGCGCUGCGGCGACGGGCGCGCCACGCCGCUCGACAGCGGCAAGCCGCAGCGCGAGUUGGCAGACCCGGCGGCGGACCCGGCGGCGGCGGCAGCCGCUGCGCGCGCCUUCGUUCUGUCCACGUCAGCGCUGCUGGCCACGCUGCCGUCGCACCUGGAGCCGCCGACCGUGACGCGCUACCGGGAAGGGCAGCAGCAGCGGGUGCACUUUGACGGGCGCCCGGCGGGGGACCCAUCUGGCCUCCAGGAGUUCCUGGCUGCAGGCGGGCAGAGGCUCGUACAGGUCGUGUGUUACCUGCGCACCCUCGAGCCUGGCCAGGGCGGCGGCACCAAGUUCCACCACCCGCUGCUUCGCGGCCUCUGCACGCGGCCUGUCCAGGGGGACGCGGUGGUCUUCUUCCCGGCCUUUGAAGAUGGCACCCUGGACGACCGGAUGGCGCACUCUGGGCAGCCGGUGGCGGGGGCGGGCAGCGAGAAAUGGAUCGUGAACACCUGGGCUUGCCAGCGGCCGGUGCCAUCGGCGGUCGCGGUCGUGGUCGGGGGCGAGGCAAGCGGUCGUCGCGGCGUCACGCGGCAUGGGGCGCAGCAAGAGGGCGUGAGCGCAGGCGCGGCUGUGGCUCGCGCGCGGUGA